GUCAUAAAGCUUGUCGAUCUUCAUUGUAAUCCGAUACUUGCGCGGCCGCGCGCGGCGCUAGUCUAGUAUCUGUGCAUUUUCGGCCGACGACCGAGUAUGUAGAGGUACCUAUAUAGCGCCGCGAAAAUAAUUCAUAGCCGAAAAAUCGUGUGGCGUAACCAUCAAGGACGAUCUCGCUGGGAGAUUCGCGAGUGUGAGGUGUUUGCAGGGGGAUCAUGGAAGCUUCACCUGCAUAUCCAGUAGAUGGCGUCGCUCUCACUUAACAUAAUGACGAAUACCGAUAUGCUGGUGUUGUAAACUAUUUAAGUCCGAAAGAGAAACUUUGUUAAAAGAAAUUAAAAAAGAGUACAAAAUGGGGCCUUAUACUCUGUGAUUAAUCUCUUAGCGUUAUCAAAUGUUAGAAUACUAAAUACUAUAAGUGACUUUAUUGAUAAGAUUGACUGUAAAAUUUAAAAUUUUGUAAAUCGCGCCAUAAUGUUGGGCGGUAUAGUAUUAUACUGCACAUCAAAUGUAAUAAAUAGGGCAAUGUACUUUACGUACGUGAUGCCAUAAUAAACAUAUAAUAUCCUAAUAAACUAAAACUAAAACGAAUACCGACACUCCAACUUUUCUGGCGAUAACAGCUGAUGUAUCUAUCGAGAUUCGAGCGCAGCUCAACUCUAAUCUAGAACUAGAACGGGCCUAUGUUUUCUGCCAACCCCAUGGACCACGAACGUUUUCUUGAGAUGCGACACAUCCCGUCAAGGUGAUGAUCCAUCAGUAGUAGAACACUCGCGGGGGGUCUGGAAAGGAGCCGACGAGGACGUCGUCCCCUGGAGUAAAGUGCUGACAAUGUCUCUGUUCCUGUGCGGGAGGCUCUUGAGAAGUUCGGAGAGCAGCAAAAGCCUGAGGAUCGCGACGAAGCUGUAUCUUCCCUACGCCAGCAGCUGCCUCAGGCGGUCUAUAAUUUGCACCAGGAAUUCGACGGCUCUUCUCGUUCUCUCGAAACAUGACGGUGUCUUUGGAGCCAGGUAUUGCAGUGGGAAUGUCAUCGACCGGGCCCAGAAAAAGAAAACUGUACCUCAAGCCAAACCAAUCGUAACACCUGUCAAACAAAAUUCAGUGGUGGCAAGCAUAACUGGAGCAAAACCAGCUCAACAAAAGAGGAACUGUUUUCAUCCUGGUGCCUCCAGCUUAGGGCGAGAUGCACUCGACCUUGGACAAGAUAAGAAGGUCACUAGCAAAGACAUGAUCAAGACAAUGUUCAAUUUUAUAUGGCCAAAGGAUGAACCUGAAAUAAAAAACAGAGUCAAACUAGCAUUUGGAUUGCUCAUUGGAGCAAAAGUGCUGAACGUUUGUGUGCCAUUUCUCUUCAAACAUGCAGUUGAUACAUUUAGUGUCGGAACUGCUGGAGCUGCUUUAGCAACUGCUCCUGACACUGUUGCAACAGUAGGAACUGCUAUGCUCGUUGGAUAUGGUGUGGCCAGGAUGGGAGCGUUUGGUUUCAACGAACUCCGAAAUGCUGUAUUUGCCAAAGUUGCACAACAUUCUAUCAGAAAAAUUGCCAGAAAUGUGUUCUUUCAUCUUCAUAAUCUAGAUCUAGCAUUUCAUUUGAGUAAACAGACUGGUGCCUUGUCUAAAACGAUUGAUAGAGGUAGUCGUGGCAUAAAUUUUGUUUUGUCAGCUAUGGUUUUUAAUGUAGUUCCAACCGUAUUUGAGCUGGCACUUGUCAGUACCAUAUUGGGUAUGAAAUGUGGUCCAGAAUAUGCGGCGGUUGCCCUUGGCUGCGUUGGUACAUACUCAGUUUUUACUCUUGGAAUCACCCAAUGGAGAACGAAAUUCCGUGUUUAUAUGAAUAAAGCAGAAAAUGAAGCUGGAAACAAAGCAAUAGAUUCACUCAUAAAUUAUGAAACUGUCAAGUAUUUUAAUAACGAGAAAUUUGAAACACAACGAUACGAUGAAUCCCUAAAAAAAUACGAAGCUGCUUCUUUAAAAACGAGUACGAGUUUGGCUCUUUUGAAUUUCGGACAACAUGCGAUUUUCAGUGGAGCCCUAAGUUUAAUCAUGGUGAUGGCUGCACGUGAUAUCGUAAAUGGAACAUUAACUGUAGGAGAUUUAGUCAUGGUCAAUGGACUUCUGUUCCAGUUGUCAAUCCCUCUUGGAUUUUUGGGAUCUGUAUACAGAGAAGUAAGGCAAGCUUUCGUAGAUAUGCAAACUAUGUUUGCACUAACAUUAACGGAUCCUGCCAUCAAAAACAAGGCCAAUCCCAUACCCUUCCACGUAGUGCCACAUAACUCCGACAUAACUUUUGAUAAGGUCAACUUCCAGUACGUAAGUGGGAAAAAUAUAGUGCAUGAUUUAUCUUUCCAUAUUCCUAGCGGAAAGAAAGUAGCCAUCGUAGGUGGAUCCGGAUCAGGCAAAUCAACGCUAGUAAGAUUACUCUAUAGAUUCUUCGACCCAGUGAGUGGAAACAUCUUGAUCAAUGGAAAGAACAUUCAGGAUGUCGACAUAGAUGAUCUCCGCCGUGCGAUUGCUGUUGUUCCACAAGACUCUGUUCUUUUCCAUGAGUCAAUAUUUUAUAAUCUCCAUUACGGAAACUUGAAGAGGCCAAAAGAAGACGUGUACAAAGCCGCGGAAAUGGCAAAUUUGCAUGACGCCAUUCUGAAGUGGCCACAGGGAUAUGAUACCCCUGUAGGAGAACGAGGAUUAAAACUCAGCGGUGGAGAGAAGCAACGCGUUGCCAUUGCACGAGCUAUUCUUAAAGAUAGUCCUAUUCUGGUAUUUGACGAAGCUACCUCAUCUUUAGACUCUAUUACGGAGCAGCAUAUACUUUCGGCUCUACGACGUGCCACUGCCGGAAAAACUUCAAUCGUGAUUGCUCAUCGAUUAUCCACGGUCAUAGACGCUGAUGAGAUAUUUGUUUUGAACAACGGUCAAAUGGUCGAACGAGGCAAACAUACAGAUUUACUAAAGAUACCAAAUUCAUUUUACGGCAGACUGUGGGAGGCGCAGCAUCUUGGCGCGGCUGGUACCGAGGAAUCAACGAACAAAUGAAAAGUUUAAUGUAUGUACAACUGUGUAUUAUAUGGAAACUAUUUAAAAGUUAUUUUAACUAUGACGUAGUCAUAAAUGAACAAAAAAUCAGAGAAACUAUAAAUAAUGUAAAUAGUUUGAUGAAAAAAAAAAAUGUCCAUUGAAACAGGUGUAAAGUCGUUUUGUAAAAAUAAUGUGAUAAAGUGACCAUAAGAUUAAAAGGAUAUAUCUAUGUGUUA